AUGAUAUAAAAUUGGAUAGGAAAAUUAUUAUUUAAUAUUUGUGGAGAUCUAGUUGAAGUAUUAUAUAUAAUUCUAUAUAAAUUAAGGAUUUCCCUAAUAAUGAAAUUGAAAUAAAUAAAUGGUAAGGAGUUGGUGAAAAAAGAAAUAUUAAAUUUAAAUAGAACAAAGUAAGAGAAUGGAUGAUGGAAUAUUUUGGAUUAAAUGUAGAUGUUAAAAGAGCUGAAAUUGAAUUAUUAUAAUUUAAAAUCCCUUGGAAUAGAAUUUGGAAAGAACCUACUAAAAUACUUGUAAAAGAUGCAUUUAUUUGUGUAUAAACUAGAGAAGAAUUCUCUGUUGAAUUGAUGCGUCUAUAAUAUUAAAGUGAUCUAAAAGAUUUUAUUGAACAUUGCUAUAAAAAACUCUUUAAUAAUUUUACAAAUACAAAAAAACAAAGUAAACUUAAAAGAGUACUUAAAAAUUUUUUUUCUGAAAUGAUUAUAUUAGAAGUGUAAAACUUCCAUCUCAGAUUAGAGGAUGAAAAUAAUGCUGUAAAACACAAUCGUGUAGCAUUAGGAGUUUUAUUUAAAACAUUAACUUUACAACCCUCUUAUAAUGUAGUAUCUGUAAAAUCGAUAUAGUCAUAAAAAAAUGAAUAAGAAAUUAAAAGAAAAUUAGAUUUCUCAGUUGAAGCUUUAAGUAUGUAUUUAAAAAUUGAACCUACUUCUAAAUAAUCUAAUAAUUUAUCUCCUGAUUAUGUAGAAUAACAAGUAAUAAUAUUUAUCCAUUAUUAUAGAAUGUUAUCAUAGAUCCGUUAUCAUUUCGAAUACUUAUACAUACUAAUCUAACUUAAUAAGAAGAAAUUCCUUUAAAAUAUAUUGAAAUUCAAUUUGGUGAUGAUGUAAUAAUAUAAUAAUAUUCUUAGAUUAAAAUAAAUAUUGAUAAUUAAUAAUUUUAAACAAUUCUCAAAUUAUUAAAAUUAAGAGAUUGGUAUUGUUAAUAAGGAGAUCAUUUAUAAUAUAGACCUUAAUAUAAAUCUAGUCCUAAAGAUAAUCCGUUUGAAUGGCUUCUUUAUUGGAAAUAAAUUGUCACAGUAAUUAGAUGUAGAAUAAACAAAUAAAAAAUAAAUCUUAAAUCUAAAAUGAGAAAUGAUUUGGUUAAAUACAUUAUUGUGGAUUUUCUUCAUUAAUAAUAUUAACAAAAUGAUGAUAAUAAAUAUUUGAUUGAUGAAUAAAUGAUAUUAUAUACAGAUAUAAUGUAAAAUAAACAAUAAAUAGAAGAUAAAUUACUCUAAGAAGAAAUUGAAUUUGUAUUCUAUAAAGUAAAUAAAAUAUUAAACUCACCUGAAUAAUUAAAAGAAAUAUUAGUAAAAAUGAAUUUAGAAUAACCUUAAUAAUAAGAGAAAAAAUAAACUAUAUGGUCUUAUUUUUGGAAAUAAAAGUAAUAACCUGAAGAAGGUACAGAAUUUCAAUCUAAAUACGAAAAAUUAUAUACAUAAAUAAGCUAAAAUGAAAAUAGAUGUUUAAAAAGGUUAGAAAUAUAAAUUUCAAAUAUAUUGGUAUUAUUUUAUUUUAUUUAGAUAAACUUAAAAAUAGCAUAAGAAAGAUCCACUGUUUUUAUGAAAAUAGAAUUAAAAGAAUCACUAUUGUAAUAUGAGUCAUUUCUAAAAAUCAGAAAAUUUAUAUUGAAACUUAAAAGAAUUACAGCAUAUGAUUGUUUAAAUCCAAAUAAAGAUUUUUAAACUAUAUUUUCCUAUCAUUCCUAUAUUGAAAGAUCUUAGAGGAAUUAAUAUUUAAAUUAGGAAUAAUCAUAAAUAGAAAUUUCAUUUGAAUAUAAUAAAGAAGUUAAUAAAUCACUUUUUAAAGUUAAAUCAUUACCUCAUUUAAUGUCCUUAAAUGAUACAGUUUUAGCACGUCUACAGCCAUUCCUAAAAUAAUUAAGAAAAAAUGAUUAUUUUUAUGACAUUGUCUUUAUAAGUUAAGGUAAUUUCAAGUAAAGUGAAUUUAUAAAUGUGAUAUCAAAUUUAUGCAAAGCAAAUAGUUUAAUAAUAGAUAUCAAUAUAUCUCAUGUUACAAUUAGAAUUCCUGAAAGUGCAAUAAAAACUAAUUGUCCAGUCCUUGAAAUCACUCUUGAAAACUAUCUAUUAUAAUUUCUUAAUACAGUAACAUAAUAAAUAAAUAAAUUUGCUAUUAACUUUUAAUAUGUUGAAAAGAAUUGUAAAUAAUCAAUUCAUAUCUUGUAACCAGUUUCAAUUACAACUAAAGUUGUUUAAAAUUAAAAUUAAGAUGAAUAAAAUAAAUUAACUGAACUAACAGAUCUAGUAUUAGAAAAUAAAAUUAGUGAUAUAUUUAUAACUAUUCCUAUAAUGAAAACUGAUUUUUUUAAGAAUUUUGUUUAUAAUGUAUUAGGAACUUUAGAUAAUUUAAAGAAGAUAUCUAUCUUUUUAUAAAAGGAAGAUUCUGUUAAUUAAUCAUCAUCAGUUAAUUCUGUUAAUAGAAGAAAAAGAUCUAGAUCUUGGUCUUAAUAAAGAGAUUAAUCAUCAAGAAGGGAAGAUUGUUCAUCUUAAACUAGUGAAAUUUAUUAUGAUGCUGAAGAAUUCAUUAAUAUUCCCUUCAUUUAAUCAAUUACUUAAAGUAGAUAACAAGUAUCUCCUUAGGAAAAGAGAGAAGAAAUGUUAAAGAAAUGGAAUAAAAUAAGAAUUAAUUUGAAUUAUUUGGUUAAUAAAAUAUUUAAAGAAGCUGAUCCAAAAAUUAGUUAAUUUUUAGAAUCUUUAAGAUUAAAAGCAGUUUUUGAAUUAUAAAAAUUUUAAAUUAAAGUAGCAAUUUAAAAAAAUAAUGAUAGAAACUCAUAUUUUUAUAUUGAUAAUAUUAAUGUAACUAUUGAAAAAGCUUUUAAAGUAAAACAUUUUGGAUUUCAACUAUAAAUAAAUACAAUAACAUUAUCAAUUUAUAAAUUGCAUUAAUUGAAAUAACUAAAAAAAUAUUCAGGUCCAUAAUCAGAUGAUAUAAUGGCUCAUAUAAAUGAAGAUAUGCUCAAUUUACUCCCUUUUUUAUUAAGAAUUAAAGAGUUAUAAAUUUAUUAUUUAAUUUCAGUCAAAGAGAUAAAAUUAGAAUUAUAAAAUAUCAAAGAUACUAAUUCAAAUUAUCUAACAACAUGUUUAAGUAAUUUUAAUCUUUAAAGUUAAUUGCCUUUUAAAAUUAUGUAUAAAGAAAAAUUAUCAGAUAAACCUUUCUUUUUAGAAAUUAAUAAUUCUGUAUCUUCAUGGGAUACAACUUGUGAUUGCAAAUUUAUAUUGAAUAUAUUAUAUUACAAUGGAAAACUCAAAUUAUAUGAACCUAUUUUAGAUACUUGUGAGGCAAUAAUUACUUUUUAAAAAAGUUCUGAGGAGCUAUGUUUUGAAACAAAAUUUAAUUAAUUGCUAUUUAAUAUAACACCAUAACUAAUAUUCACUCUUUAUUCAUUGAAUCAACAUUCAUUAUAAAUUAAGUAAUUUUUAUUGUAAGAUUUAAAUGCUUCAUAAGAUUAAAUAGUUGUUUAAAAAUAAACAUUGACAUAGAAAUUUGAAAUUGAAAUCGAACAUGAUAAUGCAAAAUUAUUAGUAGAUUAAAUUGAAAUUUAGCAUUCUUAACACUAUAAAACUAAAUAUAGAAUAUAAUUAUAGACUGCUAGUUCAGAUGAUGAAGUAUCUAAUGAAAAAACAAACUAAAAUUCAAGACAUGUGACUUUUCAUGAUUAAGAUCCAUCUCCAUUAAUGAAAUAAUAAACUCCAAACUUUAAAAAACAAACUUCUUUAUUAGAAGAAGAAAUCCUUUUAGAUUAAUCAAAUGAGAAAGAUACAAUUAAAAGAAUAGCUAGUGAAAUUGAUGUUUCUGAGAAGUAGCGUUUUGUGACAGAAAUUUUAGGAGACUACUUACCUAUUGAAUAGAGCACUAAAUACAUUUUUGUUAAUUUAACUGUUCAAAAAUUAUUAUUUAAUUUAAAUGGAAUUGAAUAAUACAUAAAUGAAAAAGAAAGCAAAUUUGUUAGAUGUACUGAAGUUAUGGCAUUUAAAAUUACAUCUUAAAGAAAUUUUUAUAGAUAUAGUUCUUUAAUUAAAACAAAAGAAGAAAGAACUUAUUUUUUGAAAACAGAUAAUAGAGAUCAUAAAUUAAAAACAAUUUAUUAUUUAUUAUCAAUAAUAAAUAGAAAUUAAAAUCAAAUUAUCAUUUAUUAAAUUGAAUAAUUACCUAAAGCACCAUAUUUGAUAAAAAACAAAUGUUCAUAAUUAAUUUUAUUCUAUUAAUAAAAUUUUGAAAAAUAAUAAUGUGUUUUAGAACCUGGAAAAUCUUCUGGAUUCUGCUGGGAAGAUCCAUUUUAAGCUCCAUAAUUGUAAUUAGAAAUUCAUUAUGAGGGACAAACAAAAAGGUUUUUAAUAGAUAUUGAUAGAUUUAAUAAUUAAGAACUGUAAAUUGAUAAACAAUUGGAUUCGACUAUUGAUAAAGAAUAUAGUUUAGAAAUAUUUAAUGAUGGAUUAUAAAAAGUGAUUGUAUUAGCUGAGGCUUAAUCUUUAAAAAAGAAAAAAAAAUCUUAUAAAAUAACAUGUGAUUUGAUAGGAUUUUCAUUUAUUGAUGAAUGGGAAAUUUUAUAUGCUGAAAUAAAUAACGCUUAUUAUAUUUAAUAAUAAUAAUAAACUGAUAUAGUAACUUAUUAGAUUUCUGCUGAAAAUAUUUAACUUGAUGCAUGUGGAUUACCAAUACCAAAAAGAUAAUUAUAUAUUGUAAAUAAUUAAAUUAAUAAUAUAAAUAAAUCGGUUGGAUAAAAAAAAUCAAUAACCUAAUCUUAAUAAAUAUAAGAUACUACAUGUGGUCUAAGAGAAUAAUUAAAAUUAAAAAUAAAGUAAAAAACAAUCUCUGAAAUUUUAGUACACUUAAAAUAUGUGAAAAUAAGAAUUCCAAAUUAUAAAAUCAUAAUAGAUAGUAAUUUAUUAUUAUAAGUUUUUUCGUUUAUUAAACACACAAAAUUGCUUUUAGAUGCUUUUAAUACUCCUAAAUAAAAAUCUAAAUCCCUUUUAUUAUAAUAAUCAUUUGAAAAGCUUAACAAUUCAAAUAUUAGUGAUAAAUAAAUUCAAGUUUAACCUAAAAAAAUUCAUAUUGAUAAAGUUAUAAUAAGACCCUUUUCUGUAAAAAUGAGGUUUAAGAAUUUAUUGAAUAUGGAAUAAGAACUUAAAACAUUACAUCAUCAAGCAGGGUAAUUAAUAAUUCUUUAUUUUCAGAUUGAUCACUUUCGUACUUAAUCAGUUUCAGUAAUUAAACCUUGAAUUUUAGCAAUAUAUAAAAACAGAUUAUUAAUAAUUUAUGGAUGCAAAUUAUGAGCUUCAUAUUAAGGCUUUAUUUAAUGUUUUUGGUGAGUCAAUAAAUCAAUAAGUAUUGUAUUUUUUAUAUCCUUAGAUAAGAUGCUAAGUAAACCCAACUAAUUUCUUAAAAAAUUAAGGAAAUUUAGCCAAGCAAUUCCUCACAGAAUUAAAAAAUUUAUAAAGUGAAAUGGAUAAAAACGAUAUAUUUUAAGGUGGCUUACCAGUUAAAUUUCAAUUAUUAUAAACCUUUUGUGUUAUAAGUAAAUCACUUUAUGAUGCUGCGUAAGAAACUUUCGUAUCUGUUUUAUUAGGAAUUGGGAAAUAUUGUGAAACAUCCCAACCUGAUUAAACAAUUCAAAGAACAUCCUUUUCAAAUAAAUUAUCAAAACUGUUUAGAAAAGUUUCUGAUUUUUAAUUUAAAAGUUAAAAUACUUUAGAAAUUUCUUUUUAAAUGUUAAUUUCUAAAUUAAAAACUAGGAGAUAUCCUAAAUAUAUUCAUAAAAACAGAUAAAUCACUUCAUACAAUGAAGAUUUAUCUAAAUUUUAAUUAUAUAGAUUAUGGAAAUUAGGAUUGGAUCAAUAAUUUGAUCAUUUUUAAUUGUCUUUGAAUUGCUACUUAUUUUUAUCAAAUCAAUUAUUCAUAUUAUUGGAUACUUAAUAUAAUUAAAUAUUAUUAGAGAUGAAUUAAAGAAUGUUUUAAUCAAUAACAAACACUAAUUCCACUUGUGUUAUAAAAUAUUAGAAAUCUAAUGUUAAUAAGUAAGAAGGAGACGAUGAUAUUGGUAUGAAGUAAUUAAAAGUAGAAAAACUUAUGCUUAACUUUACAAUAGACGAAAAAAUAUUAUAAUCAAUUACUCAUAUAAUCAAAUCUAAUUUAGAAAUUCUUAAUGUAAAAGAAAAUAAAAUAUUUAGUAUUAUGAUGUUAAUUUGA